AUGAAUAGUGGAGUUGGAGGAUUAAAUCUGCUAUAUAAACAGACGAAUGAUGAAGUGGCUGUAGGCGAAGUUGGCAAUCCUACAGCUUCCAGACAUUAUCCAAUAUAUUUCAAUAUGACGAAAUAUCUGGAUGGAAUUGCAGUCGGUCUCCCUGAGAAUGAGUGUGUUGAAAUCAGGGUGAAUAUUGGAGUUGGAGGAUUAAAUCUGCUAUAUAAACAGACAAAUGAUGAAGUGGCUGUAGGCGAAGUUGGCAGUCCUACAGCUUCCAGACAUUAUCCAAUACAUUUCAAUAUGACGAAAUAUGUGGAUGGAAUUUUAGCUGGUCUUCCUGAGGAUGAGUGUCGUGAAAUCAGGCAUGAAAGUGGAGUUGGAGGAUUAAAUCUGCUGUAUAAACAGACGAAUGAUGAAGUGGCUGUAGGCGAAGUCAGCAGUCCUACAGCUUCCAGACAUUAUCCAAUACAUUUCAAUAUGACGAAAUAUGUGGAUGAAAUUUCAGCUGGUCUUCCUGAGGAUGAGAUACCGGUAAACAACGAUGCUCUUCUGGCAGUGCAAUUACCCGACAACACCUGUAAUCCCUCACACAGUAGAGAAACAUUUGACUUGGUUGUCCUCGUCAAGUCAUGCGUGUACUGCACUGAACAACGAACAUAUGCUCGUAAAACCUAUAUGAAAUCUGAUCACUGGAAUAAUUUCAGAGUGAAAUUUGUCUUCGUUGUUGGACUUCCAACACCCACACCAACAAAUAUUCACUACUUCAAUGGAGUGACUGUUGUGUUGAAUGGGAGGUCUGAACGGCUAUCUAAGAGCCUACAGUCAUCUGGUUGGUCUGCAUUGAGGGAGUUGAAGAAGGAGAGUGAUUCUCAUGGAGAUGUGUUGAUUGGUGGAUUCUACGACAACUACUUCAACUUAACCAAGAAGAUGAUGUUGACAUUUCGUUGGGCGUCGACGACGUUUCACAAGCGAACACCCUUGUUUCUGUUUCUUGACGAUGACUAUGUACUUCAUCCAGAGAACACAAUCAAACUGGUGAGAUCGCUGAAUAGAUCUGAGGUGAAGUGGUUUGCUGGUGGUCAGGUCCAUCCGACGUCUGUGGUCGUACGUCCAGCUGGUGGAGUCUCCAAUUCUCGUUGGAGUAUUUCACGUGAUGAAUAUCCAUGGGAUUACUUCCCUCCAUAUUUCUUUGGUGUGUGUUACAUAUUGGGAGCAGAAUUGGUGGAGCAUGCGUCUAUUGUAAUGUCAUUCACACAGGAUCUUCGAAUGGAUGAUGCGUAUCUGGGCAUAGUUCUGGCGAGAUUGAACAAAAGUCUUACGAAUCUGAAGCAAUUCAGUGUGUCCACUCGUAAUGUUGACCACAUGUCUAGUCUGGUUAACAUCGAACGAUCAAUGGCCAAUCGCCUAUUUACGUCUGACUGA